AGAAGUUUGUGGAAACAUCCGGUUCCACAUCCGGUUUGAACCUCUUGUUGUUGCUAGCUUCUCGGUGCUCGUAUAUUAAACGCACGUUAACUUCGAUUGAAAUGUAUGCCUUUUUAAUUUUAUAAAACCUUUCUAACUCAUGGGUACAUGUUAACUCUCUGAACAAGGUAAAAAAAUCUAUCAAACUAAUCGCCAACAAGAACGACGUGUUUUGUGGUCUCGAGGCGACAUGAUGGAGGGAGCUGAGAUGCUGGAAGACACUGUUGAGACGGUUCUUGAGAGGCGCGUGGAUGACGUAGAGGUUCACAAUGCGAUCAGCGGGAUUUUGUCUGCUGCUGCUGCUGUCGAUGGUGAUCAGCAGAAAUACCAGUCCGCUGAUGCUGAAGAGACCACCACCACAGCAAUGCCCUCUUCCAGAGAGCGGAGUUUAGUGUGGUCCUUCUUCAAGAAGGCCGACGACCGGAUGGCCACAUGUUCCCUGUGCCAAAAUCAGAUCCAAUAUUUCAGCAGCACCAGCAACCUACAUCGACAUUUAAAGAAUAAGCAUGCUGCUGAGUUUCGUGAACUACAAAUCAAUGCUGGGAAAGAAUUCGAAUCAGAAGUGCAAGGAGAUAAAGAGGCACAAGAGUCUAUGGAGAAGUUUUUAGAGGACAUAAAAUGCCGUCUCGGUGACGAAGAAGGCGAUGCUCCACACACCCCAGCUGAAGAGCAGCCCACAAGCGGCGGAGAGAAUGGCGGCGACGAUGCGAGCUCUGACCUAGCAGUGGCGGACACAUCUAAAACCGGAGAAAAGCCGAAGAAAAGCCCAGUCUGGGCACUCUUUAGAAAACUGGACCAGCGGAUGGCCAUGUGUCUACUGUGUAGGAAGAGAUUGCAGCAUUUCAGCAGCACUGGUAACCUGUAUCGUCAUCUAAGGAGAGAGCAUCCAGCUCAUUUGGCCAAGCUGGAAACCCACACCACGUUGCAGGCUAACAAGAAAGGCCACAUGCAGAUGACAGGAAGGACUACACAUCGUGUACAGCAUCGUGAACGUGAACUAAGAGAUGCCCUAAGACUCGUCCAGGCUGAGGAAGGACGAUGUUUGGAACAGCAGAAAGUUCUCCAGGAAAAGACCCGUGAACUCCAAGCAGAAAAGGAGGCACUGGACUCAGAAAGACGAGCGCUUCAGGAAGAGGCCAAGACGCUACAGAGAGAAAAAGAAGAGAUUCGAGUGGAGCGUGAAAAACUUCACAGCGAGAGGGAAAAGGUUGAAAGACUCAAACAGUCUUUGAAUCAGAGAGGUGUUUGGUAAUAAUUAUUCAGUAGGUGGACAUUGUGUGUGACUGUUUUAUUGUCUUUUAAAAAAAAUAAAAAACACUGAAAAUUC